UGAAUUCUGUCGGUAGAAAAAUGAUUGGUUAGGUCUGUUUCUGAUGACGCCUCGUCGCCUUCUGAGUGACGUCAUCCCAAUAUGGCGGCCUCGGCGGCUUCACGUGAGCUUUUCACAGACGGAGUUCGGGCGGUUUUGCACAGCUGGCCGGUUCUACAGAUUGCCGUGGAGAACGGGUUCGGGGGCGCGUUCGGCCCACAGAAGGCUGACUGGAUGGUGGACGUGGUGCAGCAGUAUUUCCAUGACAACGCUAACCUGCAGCAGUAUGAGGUGGAGGACUACCUGGCUGUGCUCCUGGACCAAGAGUUCGAUACCGUCGUGGAUGAUGGGAGCUUGCCUCAGGUGUCUCUGAACCUGCUGCAGAUGUAUGCUCACUGGCAGCAGGGGGCGCUGGAGUCGCUCAAAACCUCCAUCCAGGCUCUGAGCCAGAAGAAGACGCAGAGAGCCAAGGUGCAGGCUCCGCCCAUCUCAUCCGACGAGGACAGUGACGCUGAAACGCAGGAAAUGGAGUGUGGGGAGUCCCAGCAGUCAAGUACCUGCACACAUCCUCCUCCUCCUCCUCCUCAGGAGGAAGAUGGUUGGACCGUGGUCAGGAGGAAGAAGUGAGGAGACUAAAGAGGAGACACUCACUGGAAGUGCCCUUCAGGAAGAAGACUCCUCCAGGAAAAAUAAGACUCCUUCAGGAGGAAGACUCCUUCAGGAAGCAACCAGUGGGAGGAGCCUCUCAGAAAACAUCCUUCAGGCGGCGCUGUGCAGAAAGCUCUUGACUGUUGGAUUUUUUUUAUUACAGACUUUUCCAGAUGGAUAAUUAGUUCCUUCCAAUCACAGGACAAACCUUCAAAGGAACUGACACUUUUCUGAAACUAAUAUUUAUUUAGCACAAGUCAGUAACAGAGUAAAACAUCAGAGCUAAACAUGGAGGAUUCAGUUAUGACGAAUAGCAGGAACAUUUCUGUGCAGAGGAGACUUGCAAAAAGUAUAACAUUUUAUUUUGAAACAGGCGGUAUUUCAAUAAAUGAAAUAAAACUAUUAAAAAUGGGCAAAA